AUGCCCAUCGACAUCACAGCGUACCCGCAUCUCAUCGACUGCAUCAUCGGAAACAUAUGCUCCGUCAAAGCGCUUCUUGCGUGGCGGUCGACCAGCAGACAAUGUAGGGACCUCGCCGACGCCCGGCUGUUCCACCACGCAGUCGUCCGGCGGACCGUGUUGGCCCCACCCAAAAGAUCAAUCACGUCGCUGGCCAAACGACUCGUCUCACGACAACAGCGCAAGUCGGACUCGCCGGUGGGAUUCCUCGGGCGCGGCGUGAUAGACACGUCCGAGGGCAACGCGGGCGGGUAUGACCCCACGGACGAGCGGUACGUCUUCGGCCAGGUCGCCAUCGAGUUCACAACCCCCGCACGGUCCGGCAUCAAGGCCGACGUGCCGCUGCCCCAUCUGCCUUGGAAGGUGGGGAUCCUCGACAUCGAGGGUGCUGGACGUGUAGUGGACACCGUUUUCGCGUCGGUAUCUGCCCCGCGGACGGAGUUCAUCAAGUCGAACUGGUACCAGCUUAAAGAUACCAAAGCUCGACCGAUCGACCACCCGCUGCCCACCGCCCCACGCAGCACGCCGCUCAUCCUCCGACGGUUCGGCAUCGCCCCCAUCGAACUCUGGACGGGCGACGUCGGCACGACAGUGGACUUCUUCACCGUCGGUCAAUGGCACCAGGCUGUGAACGUUCCAGCGACAACCAGCUACGUGCGGCAUAUCGAGUGGCGCGCGGCACCGCCCAGGGACCUGCCCUACGAGACGCUGAAGUACAAGGUCGACAGCGCGACGCUCGUCCUCGCGCCGCACAGCAAGUGCCCGCCAUCCGACCUGCUAGUGAAGGAGCUUUCCAACUUUGUGGGGGACUUUAUAGCUUCGGCGAGCACCGUGACCUUUGUGGGGAUUGAGAACUGGCUCCCUGGCGCCGACUACGAGCAGCUCAAGGAGGAGGUCAUGGCGCGGAUAUGGGAGCGCGACGGGGUCGUCGCGUACCGCGGAUACACGGACGGCAGGGUCAGCAGCACGCCGGAGGAGCUGGCGGACAAGGUACGCAUGGUGUCGGUGGAGGAGUGGUGGGCCGAGCUGGGCGAGCUCAAGGAGGUCGUGGGUGUGUGGUCGAAGGAGCACCGCCGGGUGUAG